CACGCGCAUGCUAGCGCUCGCUAAUGCUGUGAACAGUCCAGUUUAUGUGUAGAUUAGCCGGCUGACCUAUCAUCAGAAGAGCCGACCGACUGAGUCUGGUAGACGGAGUAUACUCCGAACAGCUUGAUGGUUCUCCAGAUAUCCAGCUAAAGGUUUGGCUGCAUCCCUCUAACGGUGCUGUGUGUUAUAAACCGGAGUAAACUGGGGCUGAAAUGCGGACGUAGCCGUUAGCAAGGCGAGCCAGGCCGAGGAGAGCUGGCUGCAGGUAUCCUUCAUCCAGACUGGGGCAUAAAUGUUUCUCUCACAACCGUCUAACGAGACCGUCGACACUGGAGAAGAUGCGCAAAGACGUGAGGAUAUUAUUGGUGGGAGAGCCCAAAGUGGGCAAGACGUCUCUCAUCAUGUCCCUGGUCAGUGAGGAAUUCCCAGAAGUGGUACCUUACCGAGCAGAGGAAAUCACUAUACCUGCUGAUGUCACGCCAGAGAGAGUUCCCACACACAUUGUGGAUUACUCGGAGGCUGAGCAGACAGAUGAGCAGCUGUUUCAGGAGAUUUCUAAGGCAAAUGUGAUUUGCAUCGUCUACUCUGUCAACAGCAAAAAGUCCAUCGAGAAGGUGACCAGCCACUGGAUCCCUCUCAUUAUUGAGAACACGGACAAAGACAGCAGGGUUCCUCUGAUCCUGGUGGGGAACAAGUCAGACCUGGUGGAGCACAGCAGCAUGGAGACCAUUCUGCCCAUCAUGAACCAAUACAGUGAGAUAGAGACCUGUGUUGAGUGUUCAGCAAAGAACCUAAAAAACAUCUCAGAGCUGUUCUACUACGCUCAGAAAGCAGUCCUGCACCCUACAGGUCCUCUCUACUGUCCGGAGAAAAAAAAUAUGAAGCUACUUUGUGCAAAAGCUCUGACUCGAAUCUUCAAAGUGUCUGACCUCGACAACGAUGGGAUUCUCAAUGAUCAUGAGCUCAACUUCUUCCAGCGAACAUGUUUCAACACCCCUCUUGAGCCUCAGGCGUUGGAGGAUGUAAAAAAUGUGGUGAGGAAGAAUUUGAACGAUGGAGUUUGCGACAACGGACUCACUCUGAAAGGAUUUUUGUUCCUUCACACCCUGUUUAUCCAGCGCGGCCGCCACGAAACAACAUGGACAGUGCUGAGGAGGUUUGGAUACGAUGACGACCUGGAGUUAAAUCAGGACUACCUCUUCCCUCCGUUGAAAAUUCCUCCAGACUGCACCACAGAGCUCAACCACAAUGCCUACCUCUUUCUCCAGAGCGUCUUUGACAAACAUGACAAGGACCGUGACUGUGCCUUGUCACCAGAGGAGCUGAAAGAUCUGUUUGAUGUGUUUCCGUACAUGCCCUGGGGUCCAGAUGUCAAUAACACAGUUUGCACUAAUGAGCAGGGCUGGAUCACCUACCAGGGAUAUCUAUCCCAGUGGACAUUAACAACAUAUCUGGAUGUCCAACGCUGUCUGGAGUAUUUAGGUUACCUUGGUUACUCGAUAGUUGCUGAGCAGGAAUCCCACGCAGCAGGAAUUACAGUGACCAGAGCUAAGAAGAUUGACCUGCAGAAGAAGCAAACCCAGCGCAGCGUGUUCCGCUGCAACGUCUUUGGAGACACUGGCAGCGGAAAGAGCGGCUUCCUUCAAGCCUUCCUGGGAAGAAACCUCAGGUUCCAAAAAACAAUAAAAGAGGAGCACAGAUCCUACUAUGCGAUCAGCACAACCUAUGUUUAUGGGCAGGAGAAAUACCUUCUUCUUCACGAAGUGUUCCCUGACUUCGACUAUCUCUCUGAUGCUGAUCUGGCCUGUGACAUUGUCUGUCUGGUCUAUGAUGUCAGCAACCCUUAUUCCUUUGAAUACUGUGCCAAAGUCUUCAAGCAAUACUUCAUGGACAGUAAGACUCCAUGUAUGAUGAUAGCAGCAAAGUCUGACCUGCAGGAGGUCAAACAGAUGUAUGGCUGUACUCCUCUGGAGUUCUGCAGGAGGCACAAGAUGCCGCCUCCUCAGUCCUUCACCUGCAACACUACAGCAGCACCCAACAGGGACAUCUACACAAAGCUCACCACUAUGGCCAUGUACCCCCACGCCCGGCUGCGCUGCAUGUGCACAUGUAACCGGUGCACCUUCUGCUUGUGUCAGAACUUCCUCAACUCUGAGCUGCUGCAGACGGUCAGGGCCAAACUCUACGCUGUUGUGCUCAGAAGACACGUGAGCCAAGCAGACUUGAGAAGCUCUACAUUCUGGCUGAAGGCGAGUGUUGGGGCCACGGUGUUUGCAGUGCUGGGCUUCGCCAUGUACAGAGUGCUGCUCAAACCACGGUGAUGCUCCGGCCUCCUCUCUACACAUACUUAGUGGAGCUAUUUUGACCAUGAAGCUUUCCCAUUUGCAUUUAGUAAAAGAGAAGUGUGUUGAAAAUCUGUCAUGGUCUGUGGUUACAGAGUCUUGAUUAUUUUUGGGAGGGGGCAAAGUGUGUUAAAACUUACAUAAGCAAAUGUUCUUUUUGCAUCAUCAUGCAGUUCUUCCUUUUUGUUUCUCUCCUUGGGAAUAAAAGAGAAAUAUAUUUAAUUUUAUACCAAAAUAGCUAAUUUGUUUAAUCUAUCUGUUUGCAAAUAUUUGCAAAAACAAAUCUAUAUUUAUAUUUGAAAUAAGGGUAAGCUGCUGACAAGCUGUGAUAUGUAUCAUUUGACUGCGUUACAUUUGUAUAUAGAUUUUUUUUCUUUGCUUCCUGAUUGAAAUGAAACUUGCUGUUUAGGGAUUUUAACGUGUGCUGUAUGCAGUAGCAUUGACGCUGUUAUUAGCCUGACCAACAUGUAAAUAUUGUACAUAAUAUAGAUACUCUACAUUUGUUUUUCAUUGUCUAAAAGGGCCAUGCCAGAUCCAUGUUCAAAACACUGAAAGCAGAGGUAUUACUUUAGAGCCUGCUCAUUUUUCCGCACAAAAUUAGCUCUGAUUACUCGGUCAGACAGGAACCAAUUUUCCUUUCAAGGCCAAAUACCAGACGAAUGGGUCUGCUGCUUUAUCAUGUCUUCCCACAUCAGUGUCAGAACUUGUGAGUGUGCUUAUGUUUGUGAACUUAAAUGUUAGAAAUCUGAACAUUACAGCUACUCUGCUCAUUAUGCAUUUGCAUGUGUUAGAUUUCUGACCACAUUCCAGUGUUUGAAUGCAAAACUCUACAAAAAUUACCUCACCAUCCUCUCUGCGUUUCUCUUUAGCUCCCAAUUAUCUGAUGAGUGUUGGCUAAAGGAUAGCUGGGUCUUGGAGGAGUAUGACGAUCGGUUGAUCGUUGUUGUGAUUCCUUGAUCAAAGAAGGUGCAAUAAUGUGGUCCAAAAUGUUAAUUUCAGUACAACUGCCACUGCUUGCUACAAGGGUUCAGUUUCAUGUAUUCAUUUAUCCCUGCCUUUCCAAAAGUUUACAGUAAAUAAAUCUGUCUAUAAGA